CACGUGCUUUCAGCUGUCAAAAGGGCUACUUUUUAGUAGCGAUUUCAACGAAUAGAGUGCACCACGGGCGCGUUGGGCAGAUUUAAUAUGCAUCAGUGUCAUAAACGAAUGAAUUAAAAAGUCCAAACGGCUCUGCGUCUACUAGCGGUUAAAUUACAAACUCCACCUAAUAAGCCUUGUUCUAUGAGUAUCACUCCAUUUUUUAGCAGCGCCCACAGAACAUACCCCCUAUGGGGGGUUAUUUUGUGGCAGCGCCUUCACCUUGUUCUAUGGCCUUCACCAGGAGCUGAAUUAGCGAAUAGGUUAAUGAUAACAACAAAAUAUGCUUCAAUUUGUGCUUGAAUCAGCUUGAAUUAAUUCUCCGAAAUUAAUGGCGAUUUAAUUUCUAAUUUUUUUUCUGGACGUUUGUAAGAUAGUUGCAGAUAGUUGUAAGAAUUUGGAAAGUGUGAGUCAAGCUGGUGAUGGAGUUGAAUGACGAGCAAUAUAGCCGGAUACGGGAUAUUCUUUAUGACGAUUGGGGCAUCUUUGAAUUGGACCAACUGAAAAUCCUCUUCAAAUCCCAUAUAAACUCCAAACGAAGAUUUGAGAAAAUCAAAACCCUUCCCAGCCUGUUCAGGGUAUUGGAGAAACGGGACAUUCUGGGCCCUGGACAUAUUGAAUCGUUGAAUCGCGUUAUUCAAGUUUGUGCCCCCCGAAACGUUGAAAUCAAUAAUAUUAUCUCCAACCGAACGGGAUCCAAUGUUUAUGGGCAUGGGAUGCCUAAUUCACUGCAUAGUGGAAGUCCCAUACGGAUGGAACAACCCGGAUCCCCCCAAGAUUUUAGUAACUAUCCGAUUGCAAAAAUAGCUAAUGUGAUUGGCUGUCGCAUCGGUUCUGACUGGCAAGAAUUGGCCAGAGCACUUCGCAUGCCAGAAGGACAAAUCGACAUGUUAGGUGUAUCUAGCUUAUCAGGUUCACAUAUACAACUGUUGUUGAACUAUCACUAUGAAACAUAUGGAACUAGUUGGGAGCGCUGGCGAACUGAGCUGCAACGCGGAUUGGUUAGCGUCGGCCGUAAAGAUUUGAGUGAAAUCAUUGACGAAAUUUUGGUAUUUCAUCCAUUUAACUACGUUUCCCGGUAACUAUCUAUCUAUAUAUAUGCUCAGUUUCCCAUGUUUCAAGUUUAUUUUUACUCUACUUUUAAUGUAUGCAAUGGGGUUUCGAGAGAUAACCAGUGGUGUCUCCCAAAACACGUGAUAAAUCGCCAUUUCAUAUUUAUAGUCUGACUUAUCUUAGUUGACUCACUUACUUGAUUCUGUAGAUCUGCAAACAAUGGUUGUGAAAGUUUAGUUGCAUUGAUCUACAUUCUCUAAUCGUUAUUUUAAGUUCUAAGUGAAUGUAACCUUUGUGCGGUUUGCCUAAAUUAGCCGAAGUUUUGUAAGCAUCCACAAUCAACACGGUGAUUACAUCUGGACUUACCUGCAUAAAUUCAUGAGUUGUUUUCAAAGACGUACUCAUGGAAUGGCAUAAAUAAAGCGCACUGAUCACAAUGACAAAUUUUGUGCUGAUUAACGGUAGAUAAGACCUACUUGUUAAUAUGGGGGUUCCCCCGAUGUUUCCACACAAAACUUUUGCGUGACAUUUUUCAUAUAAUUUACUCUAAAUUCACUAGUUUCUUCUUCAAAACAAACUCCCAUCAUUAAUCAGAGAAUCAUUUAUGUAUUAACCACCCAAACCCACUCAUACUGAAAUCGUUUUAACGUUUAUACACUUUUUUGUUUGUUUUAAAUUUGUAUAGUAUGUACUAUAAAUAUUGGAAAUUUCAUAUUUUAUUAAUAAUGUACUGUGUUUGAGCACACGGCUGUGUUUUUGUUAGCCGAAGCAUUUUGUAAUAUCAAUCAUGAUUUAACAGUGAAAUUGAUAAAAAUUACACUAUUAGUCUUGUGCUUAGCAAUGCAACUGCAGGACUUGGGAAGACUCUGAGUCAAAUAAUUGCUGAAACGAACUGUUUUUGCCAUGCCAAAGAUUCUGUUUUUUUUAAAUCAUGAUAUGCUAUUAUGAAAUACUCGUAACUUUUAAAAAUAAAUAUAUAUUUUAUAUUGUUA